AUGCAGUUCUAUUCGGCAGUUCUUGUUGUGAUCGGUAUUGUUGGAGUGUCUGCAAUGGAAAGUGGCGUGCAUCAAUUGCCGAUUAAGAUGUUCGAUGAUCUUGAGCAGGAUCUACGACCGUUAGUGGUUGAUUCAAACCAACUUUCUACGGAUGGAUACAAAGUCUAUCCCGGACAGUUCCCGUACCAUGCUCGGUUGUAUGCUGUUCCUCAAUUAUCUUCUAUUACUAUCGUGUAUGGUGGGUCCCUCAUCACACCGAAUUACAUCUUAACGCUUACGCCUAGCAGAAAUUUAAAUACUGAUGGAUAUGCGAUUUUGGGUAUCGACGAUGGAAGCAGCGAAGAAACGCAGCAGCGUAUCAACUUCUCCCAAGGUGGUUUGCAGCUACAUCCCAUCCACAACAUCGCUACAGUUCGCCUAGAUCAUCCAGCUACCUUCACGAAUUUCGUGCAGCCGAUUCGUUUGCCCAGCCUAUCGGACUCCCGCAUGUAUGAGAUGAUGGAGGGCACAAACGUUGGAGGACAUCUCGAACCAUCGAGAUAUUUGCGUAAUCAGAUAAUGUCGAUCGCUGAUUGUCAGAAGGAACAUCCUGAUCGAAUUAUUUAUUCUUAUCAUAUUUGCACGAAUACAUACGUAGGAGGAGCACUCUGUAAAACAGCGUUUGGUUCUGGGUUGAUCGUUGAGGAUGAGAAUGGGCCAAUACUGGUUGGAAUUACGUCUUCAAUUUAUGGAUGUAAUAUAAACUAUCCUACGGUUUAUGAACGUGUAUCUGAGCAUCGUGAUUGGAUCAGUAUGAAUUCGGACUAUGUGUUUGAUUUUUAA